AAUACACCUCGAAGAAAACAAAAAUGAAACACACUGUAGAUAAGCGGCGCAAUGGAUUAUUUUGCGAGCUGCCAGUUUUUUUGAGUUUCACUAUCGAAUUUUCUUGUCGAUUUUUUUUCUCUUUUGUGUUUUACUGUCGUGUAGUUAACAUCGCUUGAAAUCAAAAGACAAAAUGUUGCCUGGAGAAGAACAUUUGAUUUACAAGUACUUUCCUAAAAUUGUGGCGACCUGCAAUUUAGUGCGAGUAAUGAGAUAUCUUUCGAUGAAAGAUCCAAAAAUCGACGACGUACUCGCAACUAUAAAACUGGAGGAGGAUAAUCGUCACAAUAACAGACUAAUUCUGUUUAAACUACUGAAGCUGAAAUCUGAAAAUCUCUUCAAUAAUUUCGUGGCGUCCCUUAGAGAGUGCCAAUAUACCGAGGUAGCCGAUAAGCUAGAGUAUAGCCCUGUACACGCCACAUCGGUAGAUUGUGAUACCAGUCGAUGGAACCCCUGACCAAUUAGCGCUCAAAGUCAUAGUGAAUGGACAGUUCACCUGUUUAUGAAAAUUGUUUCAGCUCUAAUGUAAGGCAAUCAUAAAUUUUAAUGUUUUUAUGUUUUAUUUAGGGACGUCGGUUCGGUACGUUUCGAAAACCAAAUAAAGACUUUCUAUUGGUUCUCGAAUGAACGUGGACCGGACUAGCGUUCUGGGUAAUUUUUAUGUAAGUAACUUCAUUGUCAAAAUGUAACCAUUGUAAUCGUCUUUAUUAUAUGUGUACGGAGUACUAUUUAAAUAGACUAACAAAAAUUUUUUAACUAAAAUUAAAUGUAGAGAAUUUUGGGAAAUCUGUCAUGUUUUUAGAUUUGUUGUUACGCCACUGGAUGUUUUUUAGAUUACAAUAGGGGUGUCAUCUAUUUAAUUAAGCUCAAGUGUGUACUUUGUAAUUAAUUAAUUAGCUGUCUUGUUUGUAAUUUUCUCUGCUGUAAUGCAUACAUAUACAUGGCAUGGCAAGGGAGUUAAGCCCCUUGGUGUGUCAUCAAUAUGGGGGCUAUUCAAUGAUCAUAUUAAAAAGAUUCACUAAUGACUACAGGAA